AUGUAAAAUAAAUCAAAUACUUGUGCAGUGUGUUCACUCAAAACAACUUUUGGCUGUUCAUAAUGUAAAUCAGUCUUUUAUUGUUCUGUUGAACAUCAACGACAACAUUGGAGUGUUCAUCAAUAGUCUUGUCAAUCAAUGAAAAACUAAGAUAAUAAAUAAAUAGAUGAUACUAUAAGCAAGAGUCCUGCAUCAAAGCCAUUGAAAUUUGAGAUCUAACAAACUGUUCAACCUAAAUCAGAUAAGAAAUUGAUUAUGAAUGAAAGAGACAUAUUAAUAGAGGAUCAUGAUCGUUACAGAUAGAUUUCCAUAAGAUUGCUCUCCUAAAGGGAUUAUCAGGAUGCAAUCUAAUAAAUAAAGAAAACAAUUGAAUUUGCUUAAAAAUUAGAGUUGAUUGGUGGUAAAGAAGACACUUAUGAGAAAAUUGCAGAUCAAAUGCUAUUGGUUAGAGCUUAAAUCAAAUUGCUUGAAUUAGAAACAGCCAGAAAAACACUUAUCUCUAUAUUUGAGUAAGUGAAAUUAUUGACACAAACAUCACAAAAGAAUGAUUAAGUGAAGGUCUCCAAUAUAUUAAAAGUAAUGGCAUAAUUGUUCUAUGAAACUGGAGAUCAAAGAUAAUGCGAGUUGGCCUAUGUUGAAUAUACUUUAAUGAUUGAGAAAUGUCAUGGUGAAGAUAGCAAUUCAACGGGCAAUGCUUAUUUUUUGGUUGGGACAUUCUACUUGUAACACAAACAUUACACAUAAGCCCUAGCCUGUUUUAAAAGAGCCUUGAAUAUUCGGUCGAAUAUCAAUCCUAAUGUGGAGAGUGUGAGUGAUUGUUGGUAUAACAUGGGUGUAAUCUACAAACAGUAAAAUAAGAAAGAUCAAGCCAUCGACUUUUUAGAAAAAGCUUUAAAAUUAAGGAGAUAGAUAAUUGGUUAGAAUUCCCUCUAAGCAGCAGUCUGUUUAGAAACUCUAGGGAGAUUGCAUAUCUAAUAUAAUGAAUAUCAAAAUGCCUACAGUAGACUGUAGGAAUGCUUUAAUAUAAGGAAGCAACUUCUGAAGAAUCCUCAACAUUAAGAUAUUGAGAGAGUCUCUAAACUGAUUUAGAUUCUCUAUCAGAAAUUGCAGGAUCAGAAUUACAAUAAAUAAAAUUCAACCUUACAAUAAACUAUUCUAGAAAACAAUUUCAAUAGGGUUUUGGAGAUGGAGGAAUCAGAGAAAUAGGAGAAGAGCAAUUCGUCUCCUUCAAGAAAGAGAUCUUAACUUAAAACUGAUUAGAAAUUAUCACAAUUAUUGAACAUUUCUAGUAAUCUUUUGGAAUCUUUCAGCAUUGAUUAAUUGAUACAGUUGAAAUUAUUGCAAUAAGAAUUAGUCAAAUACAAGAAUAGAUAGGAACAACAAUAAAUAAUUAUUGAUAGUUAGUUCAUGAAUACUUUAUCGUCAAUCCAAUAUAAUUUGUUGAGAGAGCAGAAUCCUCAAGUGUUUUAACAAUUGCAAAUUAUCAAACCAGAUGAAUAAUAGAGUGAAUAUGAAAGUGAAAGCAAACCAUCCAUCGAUUAGAAAAUGUAUGCUUCAAAUCAAGAGCAUUCACAAAAGAUUGUCCAACGUCUAGGAAGCUUUCGGAAAUUAUUAAACUGA